GUUCGGUUCCCGCCAAGUGCUCCAACUGGAACCCCGCACAUGUUCCAUUUCUCAGCACCGAGACCCCCAAAUCCGAGAGAACACACCAUGGAAGCUUGGGAUAUCAGCCAGUAAGGGAUGGCUUCUAUCUUCAGCCGUCUGCAUGCUGCACACACCUAGUAGCUGCUGCAGGUUGAAGAGGUGGGUGGGUGCCCUUCGUGCUUCCUGGGUACCCCCCUCCUCAGAGAGCAAAGAACACGAACACCUGCCGUCUUGAGACCCAACCUCCUACCCCUCCACCGCUUCUGCCCUGAUCUCCAUGCCUCUCGGUGGUUACACUUGUCUUGGGCCUCACGUGUCCGCAUAUCUGUGGUUUUUUAUUUCCUUGCUUUGAACAUUUUGAAGCUCUUUUGUGAACAAUCAAAGUUCCAAAGCUUAGCUUCCUGUUCACGAUAAACUAGCUACAUAGCUAGCGGCUUCAUCCCAUCUCUUCCCAUUCAUUUGCGGUCAAGCAGCUUGUUGUUCUUUGACCUUUUGCCUUCCCUCUUUUCCCCGCGCGUGCGCUGUCAUAGCCACCCUUCAAAAGGCUGGGCCGUCUCCGCUGUCACUGUACAGCAUUGUUGUUGUUGCUGCUGUUGCUGUAGCUAUUGCCGAAUCUAUCUUAUCGUCAAGGUACCUGACCGUUUGCCGUGAUACAAGUGCGAGCUUGUUGAAUUUCUUGAGCUUUGCCAUUCUCGAUCCCGAAUUCCCUCGUCUCUCUCGCCAGCUCUCAGCUCCUCUAAAAUGGCAACCAUGAUCGACAACGACGCCAUCCCCUCCUACACUCGAACAACUCUCGACGCCCUCUCCCCCGAAGACUUCGAAACAGCCUCCAUUCGCUCCGCCGCUCCCUCGUACACUAGCGACGCUCCCAGUUAUCACACCUUAAACCCCCACCCAGACCCAACACCCCCUAUUCCCCCCCUCCCCCAUCCUCCUCCUCCACGUCCCCUUCUUCCCUCCCCCCCUUACUCCCCCCAUCAACCUCCCCCACUCCCACCCGGGGUCUCCCCCCGGUGCCCACCGGCCCAAUCCCCUCCCCCUCCCUAUCCCUAUCCUCCUUCCGCAUCCCCUCCUGGUCCCCAUCCAACCCCCAAGCGCGUCACUACCACAACGUCGCCCUCCGCCGCGCCGCCUCGUCGUCGACCUCGUCGCCGAACACCGCCUCCCAGGAGACACUGAGAAGAGUCAUGCUGGAGCGCAUAGAGGAGGAGGAGUCCCGCCGGAGAAUCAGACCGUUGGAAGACCCGUAUCUGGUUGGGGAGGCAGCCGCCACGAGGGCGAGGCAGGAGAGGUUGGCGAGGGAGAAUGGGGAUGAUAUCCUGAUUAGGGAGAACAGGAGGUGGGAUUGGUUUCUGAGGCAGAUGAAGGAGCGGGAGGAGCGAGAGGAGAGGAUAAGGCGGUUGGGGGGAGGGGGGGCAAGCGGAGAGGGGAGCGGUGGGAGGACUGGGUUUGGCAUUGUUGGGAGGGGGGGGAGGUUGGCCUUUAGGGUUGGGGGGAGGUCGUGAUUGAUUGGCGAGGUGAAGGCGGCGGUUUCCAUCAUAAAAAAUUGGGGGGGAUACACGGCCUCCCUUUUCAUGUUGCCAAAGGAUUGUGGUCUUUGGGUCUCUUGCUUCGUUUCUUUUACCGUUCAUUUCGGGAUGCCAAUUUUGGGAAACAUUUUUGGGUUGCAUUGGGUCGGUAUCCCUUUCUUUAUUUUCGGUUCUUUUCUUCUCUCGUAAACGAGAAACAUUAGAGACGGCGUUUUUUUUUUUUGGAGGCAUCCGGCAUGUGCUUCGGAACGCAUUUUCAUCAUCAUCGCUGGGUUGGACGAUGGAACAUUUUGCUGCGUAUUUCUGGAGGAAACACUUUUUCUUCUUCUUUGUUUGGGGUGUAAAAAGUUAGGUUUAGUCUGUAUCCCGAGGAGGAGAGCUCUUCUAGUUAGUCUGGCUAGCCAGGA